AUGCUCACUGAAGACGAAUCGUCCCGGGAUGGCCGGAAGAGGAAGCAUGAGGACGCUUCACCUCAACCUAACAAGAUAGCAAAAACUAGUGACCGUGAUACUCCAGGCUCUCAGCCUUCAGAUGUUGAUCCCGAAGACCCUCCCCGUAUCAUUUCGAAAGAAGCCCUAGCAAUGGUAAAAGAUCAGUUAAUACAGAUCACCACAAAAAAUCAAGGAAUGAAAGCAACCAUGCAAUCAAUGCGAGAAACAGUUGUCCGCGAGCUGAUGUUGAUUAUGAAAACGAGAAGAAUCGUCCUUGAGCAGCUGGGACGCCCAGAUCUCGAGGAGGGUAUGCGGCAGCCCUGCAGAGAUUUACUCGCCAAGCGGAAGCUGAACAUGGUCACUAAGGAAGAUGAGUUGAUCAGGUUAGAGAAAUUGCUCGGUGAUCAUGAAGCUGUGCUAGAGCAUGCCGAUUCCGCCUGUGUGGAACUGGAGGAGAAGAUCAUGGCAAUUGAGAAAGCGCAGUGGAGUCCUACAUUCACAUCCAAGGACUUUCCCCAGAUGGCUGCCCUCGCCCGGCUAACAGGCGGGGGGAACUAUCAAAACCCCACACCAGCGAUUAUUCAACCUCCUCCAGAAACAGGUCCAUCCUUUACCCUAUUUUCGAAAUUUCCUCUUGAGAUCCGUCUCCAGAUCUGGGAGGCUUGUCUCCCGGGCCCACGAAUCAUCACACACGAUUCCAAGCACAACAAGUCUCUAUCUCUGCUGGCAGCCUGUCGUGAGUCUCGGGAUGUCAUCAAAGCGAAGUAUUCGCGUGUUCUCAGCCCAGGUCCAUAUUUCCCUCUUGCAGCAACGUCAUUUAGCUAUGUAAAUCCUAAUAUCGAUACCGUCGUCAGGGAUUUGACAUUUCAGCAUGGUUCCCUCUUCGACCUUGAUGGCUCCGCCUUCAAUCUCAGCUGUUUCGUUCUAUUCAGUGGCUUGGCAAAGGUGAAGAAUUUAGCACUGGCAUUUGAUCUCCUGCAUGAGAACGGCGGGGAGCUAUUCGGGCCUCUGCAGGCUUGCUGCCCCAGCCUUCAAACCCUGAUCCUAUUUCCGAGCUCACAGCUGAGAGGAUCAACACGGCACGGCCCACGGCUUUCAGGCUGCGACGACCUACGGUUCAUCGAUAUAGAUUCGAAUCUUGUGGAUUUCGUCAGGCUUCGGUGGGACUGCUGUCGUGAUCGGCUCUUGAAGAGGAAAGCUCUUCGGGGUCUCGCAACUCUCACAGCGCUUAAUGGCACUGCACAGCAGUAUUCAAACGUUUUCCCGCAAUACAUAGAACAGUUUGGCCAGGCAUGGAAUCCAAGCAUUAGGGUUUGUUUGUUGACCAGCUGGAACGCACACGCUCAGGGCUGGCAGACAGGAUAUUUGGAGAUGGAUCGUUAUUCGAAAGGCUUCCCCGGCGAGGAUGGUAAUUUAUAUCGUGGUUUCAUUGAGUCGGGAAUCGUUUGUGACGCAAAGGGAGAAUUACUCAGUCGCUAUGAUGGAAUGGAGAGGCUGUUUCGGGAGCAUAUUUAA